AUGCGAUUAUCGAAGGUGGAUCCGGUCCAGGUCCCUGGGUUUGACGGCGCAGCCACCAGUAGUCUAUCAGCCCUAACUGGCGGAAAAGUCUGCAGAACAUUCGAAGAAGGAGACGCAGAGCCGGAUCAGAUUACAAAUUAUCUAAGUCUCGGUCCUCCAAAUAUCGCUGCUGUAGCAGUGCGUCAUGAGAAACGUGCAGUUCUAAUGAAAUCGGUGGCGAUGAACAGUGUUCGUUAG